UUGUAAAACCAAGAAACGCAGGAAUCUGGUGGACAUCCAGUAUCCAUUAGCACAUGAACGCAUCUUACAUUUGUUAUCCCUCCCAAAUAAAUCAGGUGAUAUAAUCAGUGAAACAUUCAUUGGUUAGUUUUGACACUGGUUCCUCUGGAAACCCAAACAUAUCAGAGUUUGUGGGUUUCCCAGUAAUUGAUGGCAUUCAGAUGGCUUACUACUGUGACAGCAGCAACAAGAUACUGGAAGCAAGACAGGACUGGGCGAAGAAAAUAUUAGAUACCAACCCUCAGAUGUUGGAGUCGCUCACUGAUUAUUGUUUUGUGGAUCGGCCAAAUCUGUUCAGAUUAUGGAUUUCUAGUUUGAAGCAGCAGUUAAACCAAAGCAGAGCCGUCCACAUUUUACAGAUGAUAGAAGGCUGUGAAUGGGAUGAAAACACCGGAGAGGUUACGGGACUUUUACAGUACGGAUAUGAUGGAGAAGACUUUCUUAAAUUGGAUCUGAAGACGCUGACGUGGAUCGCACUGAAACCAGAGGCUGACAUUAUCAAACAGAGUUGGGAUGCUGACACAACCAGAAUGAAAGACCGUGAAAAAAUCCUCACUAAGAUUUGUCCAGAGUGGCUGAAGAUGUAUGUGGACAGUGGCAACAGCUCUCUGCAGAGAACAGUUCUUCCCUCAGUGUCUCUCCUCCAGAAGACUCCCUCCUCUCCAGUCAGCUGCCACGCUACAGGUUUCUAUCCUGACAGAGCCGUGAUGUUCUGGAGGAAAGAUGGAGAGGAGCUCCAUGAAGGUGUGAAUCCUGGAGAGAUCCUCCCCAACGAUGAUGGGACCUUCCAGAUGAGUGUUAAUCUGAAUGUUGCAUCAGUAACACCUGAAGACUGGAGCAGAUAUGAGUGUGUGUUUCAUCUCUCUGAUGGUGAAGAAAACAUCAUCACCAGCCUGAAAGAAACAGUGAUCAGAACCAACUGGGUUGAAAGCAAUACAAAGGAGAGGUCCUCAUACAUGAUGAUCAUUCCUGCUGUGGUUGUUUCUGUUGUUUUCGUCAUCAUUGGAUUUUAUGUUUGCAAAAAGAAGAGAGAAAGAAAAAGGGAACAAACUUUGGGCAACAUCUAUGGACUCUCAGAGAGACUGAAUCCAGAGACCCCGUCAACAAACACAGCACCCUAUAGACAAAUAUACACACCAACACAUACACAAGUAACAAGCAGAGAAGAACAAGAUUGUUGAUCAUUUCAUUAUUUCCUAUACUCACUUUUCACCCAUGACUGUUCAACUAUCCACACCAGUAACACCAUUAUAAAAUUUGCUGAUGACACCACCAUCAUAGGACUGAUCGACAACAACAAUGAUUC